AUGUUCAAGGGACACUCAACAGAAGACGACGAGCAGCUGGCGGCGCAGCAACAGCCGCCGCCAGCAACUGCUGCAGCAGCACUCCAACCAAUCGUAGACCCGUCAAAUACGCCAACUCAAUCGGACUUUAGCUACUCGAGCCAAUCUACGAUGGGACAGGAACCGGAGAUCGUGGAGGCACAUGAGGACGAGAGGCCCACGGACAGCCACCACCUUGCAGACAUGGCGACCAAGGAGACACCAAUCGAAGAGAAGGGACAUGCACAGAUGGACCACAACGAGGUCGAGGUCAAGAACUUGGGCUGGAACACCCACGCCAAAGAGGUCGCGCAGCCGAUGGUUGGUGGCUUGUCAAAUGAAGAACUUUGGAUCCUCGUCCGACGUUUCGACAAGCAAGUAUUCCACGUCAAAUCGAUCCCAGAACCCCCGCUGGCAUCUCUCGACCUUAACAUUGCAGACGAGGAGGAGUUUUCGCCCGACAAACUUCGCGCCCACGUCGAACGCCUGUACAUGACAGUCAUCGUUGGCGCAUUCUCAUUCUGGAAGCACAUCGUUCGCAUCCGAUCGUGGCGCGAGUGGAAGCGCACUUCGGCCUUUCUGUCCGUCUACACCGUUGCAUGGCUGCUUGACUUUGUUAUCCCCGUUCUCGUCAGCUUCCUCAUUGUCCUUGUCUUAGUUCCCGAAGCCCGCACCUUCUGCUUCCCUCCCGCUCCCGCAUCCCUCAUCGAUAGCAAGACUGGCGGCGUCAAGAAGCCCGCUUCAGGCGUCCUCGCUUCCGACGACUCCAUCACGGGAGCCCCCGAGAAGCAUGCAGGCGAAGCCGUGGAACAGGAAGCGCACAGCUUCGUGACAAGCAUCUCAUCGCUGGUCAUCAGCACCGCGGCGGGCAAACAUCCUCAAGGCGAUCCCCACACCGACACUGCUGCGCCGGACCCUACUAAUAUCACUGAAGAUGUCGUCAACGCCAAGGACAAGACCGGCGGGGCUACGUCACCUACUCACCACGACAAGACCAAGAAGCCGGUCUCUGAGACGGUCUGGACCCAGGCGAGGCCUGUGAUGCAUGCUAUUGCAGAUUUGGUUGAUACGUACGAACGAUUUGGAAACGCCCUCAGCCCGACACCACCGUUCCCCCAACAACGGCCCCGACUUAUCCUGGCCAGCGUCCUGCUCCCCAUGCUCCUCGGAUCGCUCUUCACAACUUCCUACAUGCUUAUCAAGGGAACCGGAUUCAUCGUCGGCUUUACCUUCUUCGGCGACCCGAUUAUCCAAAGAGGCCUGGUGUUCAUCAACCGCACCUACCCUCAUUGGAAAAAGUAUGUUGAAUUGCGAAACACCAUUCUCAAGGGCAUUCCCACAAAUGCCCAGCUUACGAUCACGCUGCUCCGUAUCGGUGAGAGAAACAAGGCGCCCCUGCCGCCGCCGCCCGUGUCUUCGACGCCCCCUCCUGAUGAGCCUCACGCCACUGCGGGUCAAGGCCUAGAGCAUCUUGGCGUCGACCAAGACGAGAUAGACGAAGCCAUUCAGCCCGACGAGGUGGCCCUUGCCCCGGCAGAGUCGGAGACCGAGGAGCACAAGCAGAAGAAGGGCCACCGGAUUUUGAACUUUAUCAAGAGUACCGCCAAGGGCGGAAUCAACACCACACUCGCAGCGGACAAGGUCAAGGCCAAGGUCGGAGCCAAGCACGCAAAAGACCGCCUCGGCGUCGUCAAGAAGCAGCCCGAUCCUGAGAAGGGCCCGAUUAGUUUCCCGGCGAGAUACAAGGGUAAGCGGGGUCACGCAUUCAUCACAGCUACCGCUACGACUCCGGCGUUGAGUUGGACAACGGAGGCGGAAGAUGUAAAACCUGUGUGGUCUGUCGCUAUUGGGGAUAUCCAAGAAAUCCGCAAGGUUGGAGGUCUCGGAUGGAAGUCCAAGAUCUUUGUGGGGUGGGCGACUGAUCGUGAGAUUGCCGAUGGACUCAUCAUCACUGAUACCAUGGGCAAGGAGCACCAUCUCACUGCGAUUGUCACCAGGGAUGAACUGUUCAACCGGCUGGUUGCAAUGGGGGCCCAGAUGUGGGAGGCAUGGUAG